UAAAUGAAAACAAAAGAAACAAACGAAGGCGUACCCACGUUUCCUUGAAUUCUCCCCCUUUUCUCCUUGUCUUUCGAACAUAAUAUUUCCUCACAGAUUCAGAUUCAGAUCUGCUCUCAUCUGAUCUGAACAACAACAACAACACAGAAAACUGUUGGAUCAAUCAUAUCAAUAUCAAUUUCAAAAAUAAAAUACAAAAUUUAUAAAUUUUUUUAGAAAAACAAUCAAAGAGAUGGCGGGGGUGUCACCUCUAGCGAAAUACAAACUCGUAUUUCUGGGAGAUCAAUCCGUUGGUAAAACCAGUAUUAUUACCAGAUUCAUGUAUGACAAAUUCGAUACCACCUAUCAGGCCACCAUUGGCAUUGAUUUCUUGUCGAAAACAAUGUAUCUGGAAGACAGAACAGUUCGAUUACAGCUUUGGGAUACUGCUGGGCAGGAGAGAUUUAGGAGUCUGAUUCCAAGUUAUAUAAGAGACUCAUCAGUUGCAGUCAUUGUCUAUGAUGUAGCCAAUCGCCAAUCAUUCUUGAACACUGCAAAAUGGAUAGAAGAAGUACGUACUGAGAGAGGCACCGAUGUCAUUAUAGUCCUUGUGGGGAACAAAACCGAUCUUGUUGACAAAAGGCAAGUUUCAAUUGAAGAAGGAGAUGGCAAAGCUCGUGAAUUUGGGGUCAUGUUUAUAGAAACUAGUGCAAAAGCUGGAUUUAAUAUCAAGCCUUUAUUUCGAAAAAUAGCUUCUGCCUUGCCGGGAAUGGAGACGCUUUCUUCUACAAAACAAGAAGACAUGGUGGAUGUGAACUUGAAAUCUUCGGGUAAUGCUUCACAGUCAGAGCAGCAAAGUGGAGGCUGUGCGUGCUAGAGCUUUUAGCUACGCUUCUAAGAGGAAAGACGGUAGGCCAAGGUUUGAUUUUGUAAUGGGUUGGUUCUUGGUAAGUUUGAUUUGUCGAUAAUUUUGUUUUGUAAGUGACAUGAAAAUUGGAAGAUAUGAUGCAUCUUCAGUAUACCUCUAUAGUUAUUCUUAUUUAUAUCUCUAAAUAGAGCCAGUUCAAUGGUUUGACAAAA